AGUUCCCCUAUCUGUCAGAGCCAGUUCCUCCAUUUAAGAUGCUGACUUGUUUAUGUUGAAGGAACAAGUGGAUGACUUCUGUUAGCUCUUGCGCUCUACUUUGAAAGCUUGUUUGAGGCUUUUUUCUCUCAGCAUGUUUGUUUUGUUGCAGGCAACGGGAGCAUGAAGCACCGCUGAUUUGUGGUAUAUAGAUAUCUUCAGAUAGCAGAGAGAGAGAGAGAGAGGGAAGUUGACUGACACACAGAGGGGAUUGAUAAGCAGUGUUUAGGCGUGGAGUUUAGUCCUGUCGAUGAACGGUAGGUGGGCAGCCCUCAGCCCCAGCAGCUCUCCGUCCUGCAGUGCCCGCUCUCGCUGUCCUGGGCACAUAAACACAUAAGAGGACACAGAGAAGGAGGAGGAGGAGGAGCAGGGUCAACCAUGGAGCUGUAGGGACACGCUCAGAUGCCCGUGCGGAUCACCAGUGGAGGAGGAGUGCCGCUGAGGAGAAGAGCUCCGCAAUGAACAAGACCAAGAGGAAGCCCAGUGGAGAGAGCAGGAAGCUGGUCCAGCGGAGGAGGAAUACAUGUCCCAGUCCUCAGGACAUCACCCGGGCCCUGCAGAGCCCCAGCUCUGCUCCCAGUGCCAGCGCUGCCAGCCUGGAUGAGCUCAUCCAGCGCUGCCUGAACUGCUUCGAUUCAGAGGGGAAGCUGUCCAGCCCCAGAGGGUCCCAGCUGGUCCACAUGACCCUGAUGAUGCACAGUUGGGUCGUUCCGUCUCAGAUGUUCGCCCAGAAACUUCUGACCCUUUAUAAGGAUUGUCCCUCGGACAAGAGGGGACUGAGGCGAACGCAGGUCUGCCACCUUAUCAGGCAGUGGAUCAGCCAGUUCCCAGCGGUGUUCGAGGCAGAUCCCCUCCUGGAGCAGACCAUGGGGGACCUGUGGGCGCUGGUCCGGUCAGACGGAGAGGAGACGCACUCGCAGCUCAUCGACACUUCCUGCUUAGGUCCUCAUGGGAACAUAUUCCAGGCACCCUCACCCUCGGUGAAGAAGAGGAAGGUGUCUCUGAUCUUCGACCACAUGGAGCCAGAUGAGAUGGCUGAGCACCUCAGCUACCUGGAGUUCAAGAACUUCUGUAACGUUUCAUUCCUGGACUACCGCAGCUACGUGGUGCGGGGCUCGGUGAGGGACAACCCUCCUCUGGAGCGGUCGGUCAUGAUGUGUAACGGCGUCUCCCAGUGGGUCCAGCUGAUGAUCCUCAGCAGACACACAGCCCAGCAGAGAGCCCAGGUCUUCACUAAGUUCAUUCAUGUGGCUCAGAAACUUCGAACUCUGCAAAACUUUAACACUCUAAUGGCAGUGACUGGAGGCCUCUGUCACAGCUCAAUCUCCCGCCUCAAAGACACCUCGAACCUGCUGCCUCCUGACAUCACUAAGGCCCUGAGUGAGAUGACGGAGCUGCUCUCCUCACGCAGCAACUACAUCAACUACCGGCGGGUUUACAACGAAUGCAGCGGCUUCAAGGUGCCCAUCCUGGGCGUCCACCUGAAGGACCUGAUCUCGCUGAACGAGGCCCUGCCGGACUACGUCGACGAGGACAAGAUCAACCUGAGCAAGCUUCAGCACCUGUACAGCAACAUCAACGACCUGCUGGCCAUCCACACCUGCAAUCCGCCCUUCGAGGCCAACAAAGACCUCCUGCACCUGCUCACGCUCUCUCUAGAUUUAUACUACACCGAGGAUGAGAUAUAUGAACUUUCGUACACCAAGGAACCCAAGAACACCAAGAUCCAGCCUGUAGCUCCGGUUAAACCGCCCGCAGUGGCAGAGUGGGGUUCAGGGGUCAUCCCCAGGCUCGACCCCGACACCAUAUCUAAACACGUCAAACAGAUGGUGGAUUCCAUCAUGAAAAAUUACGACCAGAACCAAGAUGGUUACAUCUCACUGGAGGAGUUUGAGAAAAUAGCAGCCAACUUCCCCUUCUCCUUCUGCACUCACGAAACUGACAGGGAGGGACAAAUCAGCCGUGAAGAAAUCACCUCUUACUUCAUGAGGGGAAUGUCUAUAUGUGCCAAGCUGGGCUACAACUUCAACGCACAUAACUUCCACGAAACCACGUAUAAACGGCCCACGUUCUGUGAGACUUGUAGAAGAUUUAUGUGGGGAGUCAUCAAACAGGGCUACCACUGUAAAGACUGUGGGAUAAACUGUCACAGACACUGUAGAGAUCUGGUGAGAAUGGAGUGCUUGAAGAAACACAAAAACACAACUGGGUCCUGCCCGUGCACCCCGGCCCCCGAAUCCAGAACAAAGGGUAACGGCUGGAGUUCAGAGGAGGAGACCUUUGUUUUCCCCCAAAGCAACGAGACAGAAAACAACCAGGACACCUCUCUUUGGAAAAAUAACGGCGGCGAUUCGGCGCUGUCGGACAACUCCACGCAGACGGAUCCUGGAGUGUGGACACCUGAGAAGAAGGACAAGAGGGGAAACCACCACAACUCUCUUGUGCAUGCGUCCCCAGAGAGAAGGGUCAACACACUGCCAAGGAACCGAGGCUGCUCCAUGCCACUCACCCACUCCUUCCUGCAGGAGAAGAUGGAGGAGCUUCAUCUCUACAAAGACAAGAGCAGAGAGCCAGACUGAGUGCUCCGUCCUCUUAACAUUUACCCCCCCUCAUGGACAAAAAACAUCCAGACACCACCACGUUGUGUCUGACUGGUGUUGAACUGAUUGAACAUUCGCUGGCCAUUCACACCAGAAUGCCAGUAAUUAUAUGUAUGGACUCCUUCGUGUUUUAAGUGUGGUUAAGACGUGUUUUUAUUAUUUUAUUUUUGUCAGUCUCGUUCGUUUGGCUUAUUGUUUAGGCUUCAAACAUCGACUGUCCUACUGUAAUUUAUGAACACCUCAUUUUUGUUGUUAGGAACAGGUGCCUUGGUUCUCUGGUGCUAAGAUUCAAUCCAUAAGGUAAUUUGUGACGACAGACAUAAGGGUUUCCUGGUCAUCUAUACACAGAAUACAUGCAGGGUAGGAAAUUAACACUAACCGUUGGCAGCUAUAUGACAAUUGCUCCUGAAUUUGGAAAGUAAGCCGGUAAAGCAUUUUCGUUUGGCUUUGUGUUGGGUUAUAUGAAGAUCUAUACAUGAGACAAUUUGUCAACCAGUAGAUAUACUCUACUACCAUUUAUGAGUUAUCUAUUUCUUUUAUAUCUCUGGUUAUAAUAGGCCCUUUCUUGAUGGCAAUGUUGGAUUUAAUGGACUUUUUACAUGUGAUUAACUACCUUAACGAUGCCAUCUGGUUCGUUUCUUGGUUAAAUUUCCAGAAAAUGGCUACAACAAACAAUGUAAAAUGACAUAUAUUGCGAUAGAGGACUUAUCGCCCACCCCUAGUUUGGUUGGUAAAUAGUGAGAGGAGCUUGUGAAGUCUAAUCCAUAAACCACCGCAGAUAGUAGCAGAAAAUGUUUUUUUCCUGCCCUGACAACAUUUUUAACAAAUUUCUCCAACAGGUUCAUUCAAGGUUCAGCAGGACUGCACUGGAACUAUACUUGUGUUUUAGCUGAAUGCUUCUUUGUUUUGUCCACGAUGUCAAUCUUGUUGAAAAUAAGAAAGAUACACCAACAAUGAUAAAUCA